CUACUUCUCUCUCUCUUUCCCUCUCCUCACUUCCAUCCCCACUUGAGAAACAGUGCUUCACACUGUACCGGAUGGACACCAAGUCUGUUUUUUCCUCCUCCUGGACCAAUCUUUUUCCUUCCUUAAUUUCUCCACCUCUAUCAUCCAGUUGGCUCUCUCUGCCUGUUCCACAUCCCCUUCUUCCAAACACACACUCAUCUCUCUCUCUCACUGUUGCUAAUUUUUCCCCGUCGCCCCGCUCUCUGUCAGCAUGGUGAACAGAUAACUGCUAAGCUGUUGAACAUGGGCUCCUGCCUCUGCAAAGGUCACCAAGAGUUGCAAAGCGGCCAGCAACACCCCAUGGAAGAGCUUCAGUCGUACGCUGAGGGACAGCCCAUCUUCAAGGGUAACCAGCAGCCCUACAAUGGCAGCAUGUCAGAUAAAAGGAGCAGCAGUGGGUAUGACAUCGGAGAACUGGCUACAUCUUCCCUGCUGGGACUGCUGGCCACUAUUAAAGACCACAUCACUAAGCCCACAGCCAUGGCCCAGGGCCGAGUCGCCCACCUGAUCGAGUGGAAGAGCUGGGGAGGGGAGGCGACGUCUAGAGGGAGCUGGUGUGGCUGGACUAAAGAUGGCGGAGGAUGGGGAGGUGUGGGAGCCGCACUGCAGGAGGACGAGCAGCUCUACUCCCACCUCACUGAUGAAAUCAAAGAAGCACGAUUUGCUGCGGGUGUGGCGGAGCAGUUUGCUCUGGCUGAGGCAGCGAUGAAUGCCUGGUCCACACAGGACAUUGAAAAUCAAGCCACAGCUGGCACAAUCCCAUUACAAGACCCCGAGGGCCUCUAUCUCUCUCAGUUCCUGUUGGAUGGAGGGAGUCUGGGUGUUCCUCAGCACCUAUACAGAAUGCACGUGGAAGUUGAUGACACCAGCUCCCUGGCGCCUUCUCAUCCUCCUCAGUCUCAUUCCCCCAGUCAUUCUCAUUCUCCGCUGGACACGCAGCGUCCGCCGCAGGAGCAGAGGAUCUCGCAGUCGGAAGGGUCCGUGCGACACGCAGACAGCAUCUCCCUGUCGGAGGAUGAGGUUUUUUAUAACUGAAAUUUUGAUGACACAGCGGAACUAUGUCUAUUCUUUGUGUUCACUGAUGUGGGAGAGACACGUAUGAGGUUACGUCUGGGGUUAUCGCUUUACCGUUAAAGUAUGUAAUAGCCACAGCUGAGCCUCUUCGACAAGCAAAGAACGCAGGGAUCGUUGUUCAUGUGGACAUGUUAAUUCCAUAUCACAUUGCCUUUUUGCAAAUGAAAGCCUCUCCGUUUGCAGUAAUGAUGUUGGAGAUUGGAUUGUAAGUUAAUGGGGUCACAACAAAUUAUGUCUACGGGAAGGUAAAAGGAAUGCACAUGAAUGCAUCUAAAAUUAUACAUUGACAGAGGGGUGAACAAGACCGUAAUGCCCUUUCACCUUUAACAGAGUGUUUGUAGAUAUUUGCAGCAGCCUUUCACCAUCAAAAAGAAGCUGAGGCCUUUCAGCAUUAUAGACUGAAGAAGAAAGAGCCAAAAUAAAACACGCUUUCAUCUCCACAGACUUUUUUUUCUGGUGCAUUUCCACUAAGAAUGGCUCAAUGGGGCUACAGCGUGAAUAGGAUCCUUUUGUGAGGACUCUGGAGGUUGAAAGUGACUUGUUGACCUUUGAGCAAAGCUGCAAUCAUUACUUGGGACAGUGAGGUGGAGAUUUUAAAGAUUUUUCAUAUUGCUAAAUGUUUCCAUGGGGAUUUUGAGUAUAAAACAUCUAACACACCAAAUGACUAGAUGUAUCCUUAAAGCUGAAGUGUGUAAUUUUACUAUCCUCAUCAAAUAAAAAUUCUAAAAUAUUGACUGUUUAAGUACAUUUCCAAACACUCCCACCAUCUGCUAUUGGAUGGAAAAAAAGAUCCCGCCCCAAACUCAUGCAAUUGGUUGAGCCAGUGUUGCUGGUCGGAAAGCUCACAGAGCACCAAAGCACUACAUUUCAGCAAAAUCAACCUACAAAUGGCUCACUUGUAGUUAGACAUGUGCCGAUAUUCGGUAAUGUGAUAUAUCACGAUAAUGAAUAUGCACGAUAUUGUUAUCGUGGGCACUUCAAAAUACCGUAAAUAAUAAUUUAUUACCAAUUAUUAUUAUUAAAUUAUUAAAAUUUUUAUAAUGCAUCUAAGAAUACUUUCCCCAUCAACCGUAUAAAAUGCACAACACCGCUGCGUCAAAGGGACACGUGCUCAGAUGUAAACAUACGGAGCCCCGGACAUGACAUGCAGGAAAAAAAUAGUAGGCUAAAUUGUGCGCACGAUUUAUUAGUUCGUUCCCUCGAUUUACUAAAACGUGCACACGAUUUACUAUUUCGUUCCCUCGAUUUACUAAAACGUGCGCACGAUUUACUAUUUCGUUCCCUCGAUUUACAAAUCAUGCGCAUGAUUUAUAAAUCGAGGGAAUGAAAUAGUAAAUCGUGCGCACGAUUUAGUAAAUCGAGGGAACGAAUUAGUAAAUCGUUCGCACGAUUUAAUUUUUUUUCUUGCAUGUCAUGUACGGGGCUCCGUAUAAACAAGCCCAACGUGCAUGAGAAGCACAUGGCGGAACGAGUGAAGGAGACGCGCUGAAUGAAAGUGCACGUUCACUCUCUGACAGCAGAGGGCGCUGAUGGAACAGCAGAAUGCAGCGGUUACCCCGGAAACCCCGCAAACAAAUCAACUGCGCUACUGAACACUCUAAAAUGCUUCAAAUAGCCAUUCAUUUUUUUGUAAUCUCAAUGUUCAUCACAGCACCAAAUACUUAAUACUUAAAGACUUAAUAGGCUAUUUAUUUUCAUUAGUUAACAUGUUAAUUCAUUAUUACCAAACUGACAAUGAAAAAUACUUAUAAAGCAUUAAUUAUUCUUAGUUAAUGUUAAUUUCUUAGUUACUGUUUAACAACAUUACUAAAAUCAAAAGAACUUAUUUAAUGGACCUGAGAUAAAACUAACAAUGAUCAGUUGUAUUUCUUAACUAACAUUAACAAAAAAAUAAUACUUUCUGUCACAAAUGUAGUUAUUGCUCAAUCUUAGUUAAUGCAUUAAAUAAUGAGACCUUAUUGUAAAGUGUUACCUGUUGUUCUUCAUAGCCUAAUUCAUUUGCACUUUAAUCUGUUUUUAAAUUUUACUUUGAAUAUUUAAAUACAAUACACCAAAAAUAUAUAGAGUUCUUUUUGUUAUUACAAAAAGAGUUCUUAAACCUGUUAUACUAUGACAACACUUUUUUUUGCAACUUAUUUCAAUAUCGUGAUAAUACUGUAUACCGUGAUAAAAGCUUCAGCAAUUAAUCGCAACAUGAAAAUUUGAUUUUGACCGUCACAUGCUUACUAGUCUAAUUAUUAUUAAUUUGAUUAUGUAAUAUAAUUAAUAUCAACCAAUACCAAUACUAUUUAUAUUGACUAAAAUGAAUAAUAUUCAUAUUAAGAUGGAAUAUGAGAUUAAAUCAAUCUACAAAUGUUUACAUGUAGUAAAACCUGGGUCUGUUCUUAAUAUGAAUAUUAUUAACAUUAAUAAGGUGGAAUAUGAGAUAUGAGCUAUAAAUGACUUGUAGCAAUUAUUUGGUUUAUUAAUGUUAGCUUAAUAUUAAAUUGAAUUAAUAUUAUUAUGAAUUAAAUAUUAAUAUGAAUAAUAUUAAGAUGGAAUAUACGAUUGAAUCAAACUAUAAAUGGCUUACUUGUAGCAAGUAUUUGUUCAUUAAUAUUAAUGUUAUUAUUAGCAUUAAUAUUAUAAAUAUUAAGCUAGAGAAGAAAGUAUUUAACAAAAAAUUACACACUUCAACUUUUAAAAAAGUGGUUAUGGUCACAAUUGCCAUAUAUUUUGAAAUCAAAUAUAUGUAGAAGUGAAAAAAAGUGUUACCUCAGCUGCCUAUGAGUAACUUGCCUCCAUUUUGUGUUAAUUGUUGUCAGCCUGUUCUGUUUUGUGCAGUUCUUUGUAUGAGAAAAUUAUGAUUUAAUCUUUAAAAGAUCUUUAAUCUA